AUGGUUCCUGGCGCUGAGGAAAAGGUUUUUGGUGUUGCGUACAAAGUUUCUGGCGAUGAGGACAAGGUUCCUGGCGGUGAGGACAAGGUUCCUGGCAGUAAGGACGAGGUUUCUGGCGGUGAAGACAAGGUUUCUGGCUGUGAGGACAAGGUUCCAAGCGGUGAGGACAAGGUUCCUGAUGCUGAGGAAAAGGUUUUUGACGUUGAGUACAAAGUUCCUGGCGGUGAGAACAAGGCUCCUGGCGGUGAGGACAAUGUUCCAAGCGGUGAGGACAAGGUUCCAGGCGCUGAGGAAAAGGUUUUUGGCGUUGAGUACAAAGUUCCUGGCGGUGAGGACAAGGUUCCUGGCAGUGAGGACAAGGUUCCUGACGGUGAGGACAAGGUUCCUAGCGGUGAGGACAAGGUUCCUGGCGGUGAGGACAAGGUUCCUGGCAGUAAGGACAAGGUUCCUGGCGGUUAGGAGAAGGUUGCUGGCGCUGAGGACAAGAUUCCUGGCGGAUAGGCCAACGUUGCUGGCGGUGAGGAGAAGGGUCCUGGCGGUGAGGACAAGGCUCCUGUCGGUUAGGACAGGAUUCCUGGCGGUGAGGGCCUGGUUCCUGGCGGUGAGGACAAGAUUUCCUGGCGUUGAGGACAAGUUUCUGGCGGUGAGGACAAGGUUCCCAACGGUGAAGACAAGGUUCCUAGCGCUGAGGAAAAGGUUAUUGACGUUGAGUACAAAGUUUAUGGCGGUGAGGACAAGGUUCGUGGCAGUGAGGACAAGGUUCCAAGCCGUGAGGACAAGGUUCCUGGCUGUGCGGACAAGGUUCCUGGCGCUGAGGAAAAGAUUUUUGGCGUUGGGUACAAAGUUCCUGGCGGUGAGGACAAGGUUCCUGGCGGUGAGGACAAAGUUACAAGAGGGGAGGACAAGGUUCCUGCGGUUGAGGAAAAGGUUUUUGGCGUUGAGUACAAAGUUCCUGGCGGUGAGGACAAGGUUCCUGGCGGUGAAGACAAGGUUCCUGGCAGUGAAGACAAGGUUCCUGGCGGUGAGGACAAGGUUCCAAGCGGUGAGGACAAGGUUUCUGGCGGUGAGGACAAGGUUCCUGUCGGUUAGGACAAGGUUGCUCGCGUUGAGGGCCGGUUUCCUGGCGGUGAGGACGAGAUUUCCUGGCGUUGAGGACAAGUUUCUGGCGGUGAGGACAAGGUUCCAAACGGUGAAGACAAGGUUCCUAGCGCUGAGGAAAAGGUUUUUGGCGUUGAGUACAAAGUUCCUGGCGGUGAGGACAAGGUUCCUGGCAGUGACGACAAGGUUCCAAGCCGUGAGGACAAGGUUCAUGGCGUUGAGGAAAAGGUUCCUGGCGCUGAGGAAAAGAUUUUCGGCGUUGGGUACAAGUUUCCUGACGGUGAGGACAAGGUUCCUGGCAGUGAGGACAAGGUUUCAAGCCGGAGGACAAGGUUCCUGGCGGUGAGGACAAGUUUCCUGGCGCUGAGGAAAAGGUUUUUGGCGUUGACUACAAAGUUCCUGGCGGUGAGGAAAAGGUUCCUGGCGGUGAGGACAAGGUUCCUGGCAGUGAAGACAAGGUUCCUGGCGGUGAGGACAUGGUUUCAAGCGGGGAGGACAAGGUUCCUGGCCGUGAGGACAAGGUUCCUGGCGCUGACGAAAAGGUUUUUGGCGUUGAGUACAAAGUUCCUGGCGGUGAGGACAAGUUUCCAAGCGGUGAGGACAAGGUUCCUGGCGGUGAGGACAAGGUUCCAAGCGGGCAGGACAAGGUUCCUGGCGCUGAGGAAAAGGUUUUUGGCGGUGAGCACAAAGUUCCUGGCGGUGAGGACAAGGUUCCUGGCGGUGAGGACAAGGUUCCUGGCGGUGAGGACAAGGUUCCUGCCGGUGAGGACAAGGUUCCUGCCGGUGAGGACGAGGUUCCUGCCGGUGAUGACGAGGUUCCUGGCUGUGAGGACGAGGUUCCUGGAGGUGAGGACAAGCUUUCUGGCGGUGAGGACAAGGUUACUGGCAGUGAGGACAAGUUUCCUGCCGGUGAGGAUAAGGUUCCUGGCGGUGAGGACAAGGUUCCUGGCGGUGAGGACAAGGUUCCUGGCGGUGAGGACAAGGUUCCUGGCGGUGAGGACAAGGUUCCUGCCGGUGAGGACAAGGUUCCUGGCGGUGUGGACAAGGUUUCUGCUGGUGAGGACAAGGUUCCUGGCGGUGAGGACAAGGUUCCAGGCUGUGACCACAAGGUUCCUGGCGGUGAGGACAAGGUUCCUGGCGGUGAGGACAAGGUUCCUGGCGGUGAGGACAAGGUUCCUGCCGGUGAGGACAAGGUUCCUGGCGGGGAGGACAAGGUUACUGGCGGUGAGGACAAGGUUCCUGGCUGUGAGGACGAGGUUCCUGGCGGUCAGGGCAAGGUUCCUGCAGGUGAGGCCAAAAUUCCUGGCGGUGAGGACAAGGUUGCUGGCGGUGAGGACAAGCUUCCUGGCGGUGAGGACAAGGUUCCUGGCGGUGAGGACAAGGUUCCUGGCGGUGAGGACAAGGUUCCUGGCGGUGAGGACAAGGUUCACGGCGGUGAGGACAAGGUUCCUGGCGGUGAGGACAAGGUUCCUGGCGGUGAGGACAAGGUUCUUGGCGGUGAGGACAAGGUUCCUAGCGGUGACGACAAGGUUCCUGGCGGUGAGGACAAGGUUUCUGACGGUGAGGACAGGGUUUCUGACGGUGAGGACAAGCUUUCUGGCUUUGAGAACAAGGUUCCUGGCGGUGAGGACAAGGCUCCUGGCUGUAAAGACAAUGUUACUGGCGGUGAGGACAAUGUUCCUGGCGGUGAGGACAAGGUUACUGGCGGUGAGGACAAUGUUCCUGGCGGUGAGGACAAGGUUACUGGCAUUGAGGACAAGCUUCUUGGCGGAGAGGACAAUGUUCCUGACGGUGACGACAAGGUUCUUGGCGGUGACGACAAGGUUCCUGGCGGUGAGGACAAGGUUUCUGACGGUGAGGACAGGGUUUCUGACGGUGAGGACAAGGUUUCUGGCUGUGAGAACAAGGUUUUUGGCGGUGAGGACAAGGUUCCUGGCGGUAAGAACAAUGUUACUGGCGGUGAGGACAAUGUUCCUGGCGGUGAGGACAAGGUUGCUGGCGGUGAGGACAAUGUUCCUGACGGUGAGGACAAGGUUACUGCCGGUGAGGGGAAGGUUCUUGGUGGAGAGGACAAGGUUCCUGACGGUGACGACAAGGUUACUGGCGGUGAGGACAAUGUUCCUGGCGGUGAGGACAAGGUUACUGGCGGUGAGGACAAUGUUCCUGGCGGUGAGGAAAAGGUUACUGGCAUUGAGGACAAGCUUCUUGGCGGAGAGGACAAUGUUCCUGACGGUGACGACAAGGUUCUUGGCGGUGACGACAAGGUUCCUGGCGGUGAGGACAAGGUUUCUGACGGUGAGGACAGGGUUUCUGACGGUGAGGACAAGGUUUCUGGCUGUGAGAACAAGGUUUUUGGCGGUGAGGACAAGGUUCCUGGCGGUAAGAACAAUGUUACUGGCGGUGAGGACAAUGUUCCUGGCGGUGAGGACAAGGUUACUGGCGGUGAGGACAAUGUUCCUGACGAUGAGGACAAGGUUACUGCCGGUGAGGGGAAGGUUCUUGGUGGAGAGGACAAGGUUCCUGACGGUGACGACAAGGUUACUGGCGGUGAGGACAAUGUUCCUGACGGUGAGGAUAAGCUUCCUGGCGGUGAGGACAAGCUUCCUGGCGGAGAGGACAAGGUUCCUGGCUGUGUGGACAAGGUUCCUGGCGGUGAGGACAAGGUUCCUGGCGGUGAGCACAAGGUUCCUGGCGCUAAGGACAAUGUUCCUUGCGUUGAGGACAAGGUUCAUGGCGGUGAGGACAAGAUUACUGGCGGUGAGGACAAUGUUCCUGGCGGUGAGGACAAGUUUACUGGCGGUGAGGACAAGGUACCGGCUGUGACGACAAGGGUCUUGGCGGGACGACAAGGUUCCUGGUGGUGACGACAAGGUUCUUGGCGUUGACGACAAGGUUCCUGGCGAUGAGGAGAAGAUUCCUGGCGGUGAGGAGAAGAUUCCUGGCGGUAAGGACAAGGUUCCUGGCGGUAAGGACAAUGUUACUGGCAGUGAGGACAAUGUUCCUGGCGGUGAGGACAAUGUUCCUGGCGGUGAGGAGAAGGUUCCUGGCGGUGAGGACAUGGUUCCUGGCGGUGGGGAGAAUGUUCUUGGCGGUGGGGAGAAUGUUCUUGGCGGUGAGGAAAUUACUAAGUCUUUUUGCCUUGCUCUUAGAGCAAGACACUUUAGGCUUUUUUCUCGUCCGCAUACGGCCGGUCAGAUCGAUCACCUGAACACGAAGUCUCAGCCGGUCUUAACCGGGCUCGAUCCUUCCACCGUAGCACCCGCAGGCUUUGAGUGGUACCACUAG